UGUUUUGGUAUUUCCCUUUCUCACAUACACGCUCACACACAGCAAGAGAAACACUUUUUUAACACCGUUCUGAUGUUUGUGUUUUCUGCCACAUAUUUUUCUUUGACUAAUAAUCUGUCUCUAAUUUGGAAGUAUAAUCCGUUGGCAUAUUUGAAAUGUUCCAUCUACUUCGCCGCAAGCUUCAUCUAAAUCUGGCCGUUCUGUUUUAUCCCAAAAAGCAAAAUGAAUGAAACAGUAUUGUCCCUCAGUGUGUGUGUACACAGCUUUUUUGCUGCUUGAUUCAAAAGGAAAACUCCCACAGUUAUGAUUUCCCAUGACUAAUCCAGUAUUUCCCAGUAGUUGGCUACCGUCCAGACAGACCCGCCACUAAUAUAGUUACACUUCUAACAAUAUUGGUCCUCACAGUCCGGGGGGAUUCACCUCAACGGGCCGGCUCCCUGUGAGAGGGUCCAUUCUUUACCAGGGCACAACGUUCUUCACUUAGCCUCUUAGUUUAGCUCUAAAGUGCACCAGAUUGAUUAAUUUCACUUUGAAAUGUAGCGACAUACAGACGCCCCCUACAGGGUGAAAGUCCCUGUAUUUUUCCCUACCGAGAUAUAUCAAUCAAUCUCUCGCAGUGAAAAACAUGUCACACAUCUUUAGCCUGCGGCCCUAAUGUGAAAACGUUGUUUCAGGCUCCUUCUGUGCCACUUAGCCACAUGUUGUAUAACAAUGACACACUGCUCCUUCACCGCACAGUUACUAUAUCUGCUCAUUAUUAACCUUUUUUCCUUUCUUCUUUUUUCUUUCCAGCUGGAGUCAGGGGAGGAAGUGGAGGUGGAGGAGUUCUACGUCAAGUUCAAGGGCUUUUCGUACCUCCACUGUCGCUGGGCAGACCUGGAGGAGCUCGAGAAGGACAAGAGAAUACACCAAAAGGUCAAGAGGUUCCGGGCCAAGCAGCAACUCAACAGCUUCAUCACGGAGAUGGACGACGAGCCUUUUAACCCCGACUACGUGGAGGUGGACCGCGUCCUGGACAUUUCAGAGAGCCCAGAUGAAAACGGAGAGACGGUGACCUUGUAUCUGGUGAAAUGGUGCAGCCUGCCUUACGAAGACUCCACCUGGGAGCUGAAGGCCGACAUCGACCAGUCCAAGAUAGAGGAAUAUGAACGCAUCGCAGCACACGCACCCAACACUACGAAAGUGGAUCGGCCUCCUGCCGCCGACUGGAAAAAGCUGGAGGGCUCCAAGGAUUACAGGAACUGCAACGCACUCAGGGAAUACCAGCUAGAAGGCCUCAACUGGCUAACCUUCAACUGGUACAACUCACGUAACUGUAUCUUGGCAGACGAGAUGGGUCUAGGUAAGACUAUCCAGUCCAUUACAUUCCUCCACGAGAUUUACUUGAAGGGCAUCGAGGGGCCGUUCCUGGUCAUCGCCCCGCUCUCCACCAUCCCCAACUGGGAGAGGGAGUUCAGGACCUGGACCGAGCUCAACGCGGUGGUCUACCACGGCAGCCAGGCCAGCCGCAAGACCAUCCAGGCCUAUGAGAUGUACUACAGAGACGCACAGGGUAAGAUAAUAAAAGGAGCGUAUCGGUUCGAUGCCUUGAUAACGACCUUCGAGAUGAUUCUGACCGACUGCCCGGAGCUCCGCAGCGUGCCUUGGCGCUGCGUGGUGAUCGACGAAGCACACCGCCUCAAAAACCGCAACUGCAAACUACUGGAAGGACUCAAAAUGAUGGACAUGGAGCACAAAGUUCUGUUGACGGGAACUCCUCUCCAGAACACAGUGGAGGAGCUCUUCAGCUUACUCAACUUCCUGGAGCCCGAGCGGUUCCCGUCGGAGCAGACAUUCAUGACUGAAUUCGGAGACCUUAAGACCGAAGAGCAGGUUCAGAAACUGCAGGCCAUUCUGAAGCCCAUGAUGUUGAGAAGACUGAAGGAGGACGUGGAGAAGAACCUGGCCCCGAAGGAGGAGACGAUCAUCGAGGUGGAGCUGACCAACAUCCAGAAGAAAUACUACCGGGCCAUUCUGGAGAAGAAUUUCUCCUUCCUGUCAAAAGGAGGUGCAGGGGGAGGAGGAGGAGGCGGAGGUGGAGGACCCAACGUCCCCAACCUCCUCAACACCAUGAUGGAGCUGAGGAAAUGCUGCAACCACCCCUACCUCAUUAAUGGAGCGGAAGAGAAGAUCGCCGAGGAUUUCAGGGAGUCUCACGGCGGCAGGGCGGACAUGCCGGACAUGGCCCUCCAAGCCAUGGUCCAGGCCGCCGGCAAGCUGGUGCUCAUCGACAAGCUGCUGCCCAAACUGAAGGCCGGCGGACACCGAGUCCUGGUGUUCAGCCAGAUGGUCCGCUGCCUGGACAUCCUGGAGGACUACCUCAUCCAGAAACGAUAUCCCUACGAACGGAUAGACGGUCGAGUUCGCGGCAACCUGCGGCAGGCAGCCAUCGACCGCUUCUCCAGACCCGACUCGGACCGCUUUGUCUUCCUGCUGUGUACGAGAGCCGGAGGACUCGGCAUCAACCUGACCGCUGCAGACACCUGCAUCAUCUUUGACUCUGACUGGAACCCUCAGAAUGACCUGCAGGCCCAGGCCAGGUGCCACCGUAUCGGCCAGUCCAAGGCGGUCAAGAUCUACCGUCUGAUCACCAGGAACAGCUACGAGAGGGAGAUGUUCGACAAAGCCAGUCUGAAGCUGGGGCUGGACAAGGCCGUUCUCCAGAGCAUGAGUGGACGAGAGAACGCCAACAGCGGGGUCCAGCAGUUAUCCAAGAAGGAGGUGGAGGACCUUCUGAGAAAGGGAGCUUACGGGGCUCUGAUGGACGAGGAGGAUGAGGGCUCCAAGUUCUGCGAGGAAGACAUCGACCAGAUCCUCCAGAGACGAACCCACACCAUCACCAUCGAGUCUGAGGGCAAGGGCUCCACCUUCGCUAAGGCCAGUUUUGUCGCAGCGGGUAACCGAACCGACAUUUCUCUGGAGGAUCCGGACUUCUGGCAGAAAUGGGCCAAGAAGGCGGAGCUUGACCUGGACGCCAUCAAUGGACGGAACACGCUGGUGAUUGACACGCCGAGGGUGAGGAAGCAAACGCGGCACUUCAGCAGUGCCAAAGAGGACGAGAUGCUGGAGUUCUCCGAGCUGGAGAGCGACGAGGACGAGCCGAGCAAGCCUUCUUCCAAACCCCGCCGGCCCCAGGACAAAACCCAGGGGUACCCCCGGUCCGAGUGCUUCAGAGUGGAGAAGAACCUGCUGGUCUACGGGUCAGUCACAUGUUCAUGUUUCCUACCCAAGAACCAGACAGGAAUUACAAACCAUGAAAUCUGUUAUUUUAAAAGUGUUUCUUUUAGAUUCAGGCUAUUAGGGGCCACAGAUGAUAUGAUGCCAUGAAGAGCGAAAAUGCUCCAUUGGAAUAAGUGCUCUGUUUACAGUUUUAUUUGAAGGAUUAGUUUGGGAAAUUAACUUAUUUGCUUUACUUUGUUGCCGAGAGCUGGAUGAGAAGAUGGAUACCACUCGCAUCUGUUUUCUAAAUAUGAAGCUAACAUUCAUACAACUUGUAGAGAAACUUCCCCCAGGCAGCAGGUAUGAGUGGUGACAGUACAACACCGAGGUUGACCACUGAAUGUGUGUUAUCGAGCACGUGAGUUAACGAAUGCAGACCUGCACACGGAGUGAAUGAGUAGACCUACUGCUGCACUCGAGGCCAGAAACACACUAAUCAGACGUGCCUGUAAACACAUCAUGACACACUUUUCUACGCCAAGCAUUCUAGUGCACACACACUCACACUAAGCCUGUCACACACUCGCUUUUCUUAAACAAGAGUCUACUGAAAUUACACCUGUUUUUUUUUUUUUUUUGCUUUAAAAUAUUUAAAACACAUAUUUUUCUCUAGGGAAUAACUGUUGAUAUAUAUUCUUGCAUUAGAGCUGUAAAGAGCACUAUUUAAUUAGAAUGUCGGUUAACCUGUACAGUGACAGACGAGCAUCGUACUAGUACACAAUAAUCACUGCCUUCAGACUACAUUAUACGGCACACGCACCCAGAGAGGCAAAUUGACACACUUACCACAGA